AUGGGCAUCUCCGACCUCUGCUACCGUUUCUUCUGCUGCGGCGCCCGCUCGAGGGACAGCAUAUACGAUCCCGUGCUCGCAGAUAGCGAGAGGGAAGCUGUUGCCGACCUGCUUGGCUUCCUCGAAAAUCGAGCCGAGACCGACUUCUUCUCUGGGGAACCCCUCCGCGCCCUCAGCACGCUCGUCUACUCGGACAACAUUGAUUUGCAGCGGUCGGCAAGCUUGACUUUUGCCGAGAUAACAGAGCGAGAUGUACGAGAGGUCGACCGCGACACGCUCGAGCCCAUCUUGUUCCUGCUCCAGAACCCAGAUAUCGAGGUGCAGCGUGCCGCCAGUGCCGCCCUGGGCAAUCUUGCCGUCAACACCGAGAACAAGGUAGCCAUUGUCGCUCUCGGUGGUCUGGCGCCCCUGAUCAAGCAGAUGAACUCGCCCAAUGUCGAGGUGCAGUGCAACGCCGUCGGAUGCAUCACCAACCUGGCUACCCACGAAGACAACAAGGCCAAGAUUGCACGAUCAGGCGCCCUCCAGCCCCUCACCCGCCUCGCAAAAUCAAAGGACAUGCGCGUCCAGAGGAAUGCGACUGGUGCGCUGCUCAACAUGACACACUCAGACGACAACCGACAGCAGCUGGUAAACGCCGGCGCAAUCCCCGUACUCGUCCAGCUGCUCUCUUCGUCCGAUGUCGACGUCCAGUACUACUGCACCACCGCCCUCAGCAACAUUGCCGUCGACUCGAGCAACCGCGCCAAGUUGGCACAGACCGAAGGCAGGCUGGUUGGCUCCUUGGUCCACCUCAUGGAGUCUUCGUCGCCCAAAGUCCAGUGCCAGGCCGCCCUCGCCCUUCGCAACCUUGCUUCUGAUGAGCGUUACCAGCUUGAGAUUGUGCGCGCUCGUGGUCUGCCGUCUCUUCUCCGUCUCCUCCAAUCCUCGUACCUCCCGCUUAUUCUAUCCGCCGUCGCAUGCAUACGAAACAUCUCCAUCCACCCCGCCAAUGAGUCACCUAUUAUUGAAGCCGGUUUCCUUAAGCCCCUCGUAGACCUACUCGGCUCCACCGACAACGACGAGAUUCAAUGCCACGCUAUAUCCACACUCCGCAACCUUGCUGCUAGCUCUGACAAGAACAAGCAAUUGGUCCUCGAGGCUGGUGCUGUGCAAAAGUGCAAAUCCCUCGUACUGAACGUGCGACUCCCAGUGCAGUCAGAAAUGACUGCGGCCAUUGCUGUGCUUGCACUGAGUGAGGAGCUAAAACCUCACCUGCUGAACCUGGGCGUCUUUGACGUCCUCAUCCCACUCACAGAAUCUGAAAGCAUCGAGGUGCAGGGCAACAGCGCCGCUGCAUUGGGCAACUUGUCGUCAAAGGCAGUGGGCGAUUACUCGAUUUUCAUCCAAAACUGGACGGAACCCGCCGGCGGAAUCCAUGGUUACCUGCGCCGUUUUCUCGCUAGCGGCGACCCAACGUUCCAGCACAUUGCCAUCUGGACACUCCUACAAUUACUCGAAUCCGAAGACUCAAGAUUGAUGGAGCUCAUAGGCAAGUCGAACGAAAUCAUCGAUAUGGUCACGGAAAUUGCCGAACGCAACAUCGAGUCGGACGACGAAGACAACGAGGACGGCGAGGGCGAGGUCGUGACCCUUGCACGCAGGUGUCUUGAGCUCCUGGGCAAGAGCCCCAAGACAUUUGUCGAAGGAUAG